AUGGAAAGAAAAGAAAAAGAUGUGGAGAGAGAAGUGAAAGGCAAAAAGAAAGCAGGAGAAAUAUUGAAGAGUAAAAAAGAGUUGAAAGGAGGGAUGGUACUGCAGGUAGGGAAAAGAGGAGGCCCAUCUACUCCAUCACCCACUUGGAGACUUGAGUUCUCUUCUCCAAAUGACAACAACAACAACAACCCCGUUCAAGAAUUCCUCAAUACUACCACUACUGUCUCUGCUAGAAAGCUGUGUGCCAAUUUUUGGGAGAUUCAACCACAAGUUCACCUUUCAGUGUCUAAAAUGAACAAGAAUCUUGGUCCUGGAAGAGCUCGCCCUAGAAACAACCGAAAAGACAAGAAGGUCUUUGAGUUACGCAUGCUCGAAUUUGUUAGUUUAUGGUUGGGUUUAAAAGUUUCUUCUUUGAGGCCUGGUGACUUCAUGUUCCUAAAUGCAUCUUCUGGACUCCAAAUUGAGUUUCUGUCUGUGUUAGUGGCUUCUGUAGUUUCAACCUUUACUUCUAGGAGUGGCUCCUUUCCACAGGUGGCGCCUUAUAACCCUGCAGUUACCCCUGGUAGUUCUUCAGAUUUUAAGGACUGGAUGGGAGAGUCAAGUUAUAGUCUCAAGACAUCAACGGAAUUGCUCAAGGUGCUCAAUCGGAUCUGGAGUCUUGAAGAACAGCAAGCAUCCAAUAUGUCAUUGUUAAGAGCUUUAAAAAUGGAACUGGAUCAUUCUCAGUCACAAAUAAAGGAGUUGCUGAAAGAGAAGCAAGCAAAUAGGAAAGAAAUGGACCACUUAAUGAAGAAACUUGCAGACGAUAAAGUUGUCAGGAAGAACAAGGAGCAAGAUCGAAUCAAAUCUGCUCUUCAGUCGGUGCAAGAAGAGCUGGGAGAUGAGAGGAAGUUAAGGAAGCACUCAGAGAGCCUCCACCGGAAGCUAGCUCGUGAACUUUCUGAGGUAAAAUACUCUUUCUCUAAUGCUUUAAAAGAGCUUGAGAGAGAAAGGAAAGCAUGUUUUUUGUUGGAAAAUUUGUGUGAUGAGUUUGCCAAGGGAAUAAGAGAUUAUGAGCAAGAGGUGCGGUCCCUUAGGCACAAAGCUGACAUGGAUAGUGUAGGUAGGGAAAAACCUGACCGGUUGGUUCUCCAUAUUUCAGAAGCAUGGCUUGAUGAGCGGAUGCAAAUUAAACUAGCAGAAGCUGAAAAUGAUCCUGUUGAAAAGAAUACAAUUGUUGACAAACUAGGUCUCGAUAUUGAAAACUUUCUUCAAGCUAGACUCUCCAUUGAAUUGAAGAAAGAUGGUAGCUUUGGAGAGGGAAUAAAAAAUUGCUCACAACGGGAAUCCUUUCUGUUGAAUGAGGCUGCGAGUGCACCUCAAGAUGCAGCCGAUGAAGAUUCUACUGACAGUGAUUCGCAUUGUUUUGAACUACACAAGAGUGCAAGUAAAAGACAAAUUAUAGGCAACUCUAAACAACAAGUAGAUUAUGCUUCAGAAAUUCAACUUGAAAAAAUGGUGAAUUCAAAUUCUACGAAUAGAAUGGCUGGAUCAAGGGACAAUACUAAGUUUCAUAACCCAGCCAAUUUCCAGAUGCAGUUUGAAGAACACAUGGCUGGAAACAAAAACCGAUUUCCAGAUAGAGGGCAGAGUGAAUCAAGGGGAGAGAGCCAAGUUAUAUCCAAUAUCUACGAAGCCAAACAAGCUGGUCAACAUGAAAGGAAAACUAAACUGGUUGGGAUCCAUGGAUUGAACUCAAAUUAUGUGCUUGAUACCCUAACAAGAAAUCACUCCUUGUCAUCUGAGGGUGAUAAAAUUCAUCCUGUCAGUGAUUUCAAGGAAGAUGCUUGUGCUCAACCUGUAUUUGUUGGUCAUGCUAGUCCGGUGCAACAAUGGAUGUUGAAGUUAACAUCCCCAGAAUUUGAGAAGUCCGAAUCUUCCUUAAAACUAACUAGGGACUUGAAGGAAAAUACACUGAAGGCAAAGCUACUUGAAGCAAGAAUGGAGGCCCAGAAAUCUCGCUUAAGGGCUUCUAAAGCUGUCUUUUAG